AUGCGUGCUAACCAGAGCUCCUUGGAGGAAGGGCGCCUUGGGGACAUUAAUGGCAAUGAUACCCGUAUUCACUCCCAUCUCAGAUUCCUUUGCAUGCCCGGCAACCUCCUCACACUAAAGAAAAUUAUCAAAGAGGACCUUGCUGGGGAGGCCGGGAAGCAACGCGUGUUCUCCUUCCCAAGCAAACGUUCAUCCUGCAAACAGACUCCGGACAAAUUCCUGGAAGAUCAGAAUCUUGGAUCAGCUUCACAGUUCAUUGUGGAUUUUCCUGCUCCUAUGAAUCAGGUUCACAGCCAUGAGCUUGGUCCUGUAGGUUCAAAGGACAAAAAGGGGUUACAGGAAUCUGUAGGGCCAGGGCCUUCCAAAACAGCUCGUGCCCACCCCUGCACAGCCCAGAGGCACCUCUUGCUCCUUGGAACCUUGGGGGUGCUGGCUGGAGCCGCUGUUGGGGUCUGGUUUCUAGCAAAGCACCUGCUGAAGCCCCUUCCCCUUCCAGAGACACCCCCACUCCAGGACACACAGGCACUUCUAACACGGUGCAGAGAUGUUACCGAAGAAGAGGAAGAAGAGGAGGAAGGAGUCCCCUUUGGCACAGCCGGCAGCCAGAAAGUAUCUUUCAGAGUCAACAGAGAUACCUUCUUAUUGGAAGUGCAGACAGGGGGCCAACCCAGCUGGCUUCUGGUAUGUCACGACAGUUGGGACGUCGCACUGGGGACGUGGAUCUGCCGGCAACUGGGCCAUGUGCGACUCACCCACCACAAAGGGGUGAACCUGACAGACGUGAAAGUGAAUAAUGCCCGAGCCUUUGCCCAGCUUUCACCCAACUGGAAAGGAAACAUUGAAGAUGUAUUGCAAAUCAGGAGCAGGUGCCCUUCAGGACGAGUUGUGGCCCUAAAAUGUUCUGAAUGUGGCUCCCUCUCCAAGGGACGCAGUGAGGCCCCUUUGGGCCACUGGCCAUGGGGAGCCAGCCUCCACCUCAGCACCAGACAUGUCUGUGCAGGAUCAGUGCUGUCACGUGAAUGGAUCAUUACAGCUGCCCACUGCGUGUACAAGCAAGCGGUCCAGGGCAGGCUCAUAGCCCAUGUUGGCAUCAAGGAGCAGAUGGGCACUGCCGUGGAGAAGGUCCUCCCCCACCCCCGCUAUGGUGGCCAGAGUCGGGACUACAACAUCGCAAUGCUGAAACUGAAGGAGCCCUUGAAUUUCUCAGAGACGUCCCAGGCAAUUUGUUUGCCUUGGUACCAUCAAACCAUGCCCACUGGCAGCAGGUGCUGGAUCGCAGGACGGGACUUCACAGGGUCAGAAAAUGCCCAAGCAGCUGAGAAGCCAGAGGAAGUGCCAGCCACUUUGAUCAGUACCAAGAAAUGCAACAGCUCCUGCGCACAUGCAGGUGAGCUCACGGCCCAGAUGCUGUGUGCCAGCUACCUGGAUGAAAGCAUUGAUGCCUGCCAGAGUAGAAGCUCAGGAUCUCUCCACGCCUCCCUGUAUCUGAAGAAGGGAGAAGUAGCUGCACACAAAGCCAGAGAAGUUCGUCAACUGGGAGGAGGGGGUACGGUCAAAUCCAAUGUGGGGGCCACAGCCCAGGCUGACCACUGCGCUUCCCGGAAGACGUUUCAGGUGCAGGUGUGA